AUGAGGUGGGGAACGGUGAGGAUGAAGUGUAUAUGGAGGCGAAUAUACUCGACGCGGUCUAAUGGCUACAGUCGCUCUGAUCUUAUUCAGUUUAACGGAAAACGAAAUCCCGGACGGCCUAGUUUUGGGGAAACAUUGUGGGGUUAUUUCAACGCUCCAGGUAAUGUCACAUUUGUUACUACAAAUAUAAUAGCGUUUACAGGGAUUGUUACGUACAAUACGCUUGUUGAUUUCCAUCAUGCACAAAUAUUGGAGAAACAGAUUCUCUCCUCUCAGUUAGAACUGAGUGAGCAACGGUCUGACACGGGUGCGAUCGCUGCUCCGGCAGAGUAUGUGGUUCUUUCCUUACCAAAGAAGGGUCGAUAUCAACAGGGACCGCACAGAACCACGGAACAGAAACAGAAGACGGAGACAGAGCAGGUGCGACAACAGGAAGAAAUUGAAUCUCCGUUAACCACAUACAGCCAUGUAGAGCUUCCCAAAUCUGGGGUAACCAAAUCCAUUCAAGCACAGUUGGCAAAAGCUUCACUUUUCCAUUUAUUUUAUACAUUUGAAACGUAUCAAGAUAUGACGCGACAGAAAGGGGGCAAUGGGAACAUUGAGCACGGUUCCAGUUCGUGGUCACUGACGAAUCCAAUCUUCAACGAGGACCAGCUAAAGACUUUGAAUGAAAUAUCUACAUCUUCCAAUCCGGCCACGUCUGUGUACAAGACUUGGAGACAGUUGAGUCAACCGAUCUUUGCCAAUAUAAACAGGCUGUACGAGUUCAAGUUGCCCAAUUGGUACCACUUCCCACGUCGUUUGAAACAGCUUUGCCAGACAUUAAAUACCACUGAACUGGCCACAAUAGACGAAUUCCACGAGCUGUACGAUACAUCAUCUGAUAACAAAAUCUUCAAAAAACUCAUGCGAAGGUGGCUCUAUAACCACUUCUACCUGUUGGUCAAAAAUACAGAGAAUAAUUCAAUUAUCUCCAACGAAUCGUUCUACCGUGAGAUCCUCCAGGAUUCUCUGAGGGGGGACAAAGAGAUGUUUCUUGAAUAUUCCUCCGUGGUAUUGAAUGGUAAUGACCCACGAUGUGGACUGUUCUUUCCUCGAGUCUCGGACUACUACACCGUCCAGCUGUCCACUUUGAUGGACAUAAUGCAGGGGUACAUAAAGCUGAGAGACGCGUCGCACCUGACACAGAGCACGAGAGACUACAAUGAUGAGAUUUUGCGCAUAGUGAGGCUACUGAAGCAGAAUGGAGUGGCUGCGAACUCCGGGAACGUGCGUAUCGUGCUCUCGGAUGAACCGGUACAAAUUGGAGAAAAGGACCGGGCACAAUAUUUCAAAAUAAUUUCUCAAAACAAAGAGCUGCUCUCUCUCCUGAAGACAUUGAAGUGA